CAAAGGUAAACAAACUCGGCACGUGAAGACACUACAUCACCCAACAACAGAACCAUGGCCCAAAGCGAUCCUGAGGAUAGAGAGUUCAAAUUCAGCUCAAACCUUAGCCUGGAGGAGAUACGUUCCGACCAGCACAACUUCUGCAAAGAGCGUAACUGGGCCCAGUUCCACCCUCCACGGAACGUCUUGUUGGCGCUGGUAGGAGAGGUGGGCGAACUCUCAGAGCUGUUCCAGUGGCGUGGAGAGGUGACCAGAGGACUGCCAGACUUCUCAGCACACGAGAAAACCCGCGUGGGCGAAGAGCUCAGUGACAUACUGAUAUACCUAGUGGAUUUGGCAGAACAGUGUGAGAUUGAUCUGCCUCGGGCGGUGAAGGAGAAGAUGGUUAAGAACGCAGAGAAGUACCCAGUGGAGAGGGUAUUGGGUCGGAGUGAUAAGUAUGAUGAUUACCCCGAGUACCUUCACCAGGAGGCCCCAGCGGGUGAGGAACCGCAGCCAGAAAGGGAGGAGGGUGAUGGCAGUGAAUGAGAAAUGAAGCUAAAUGUAACAGCUCUCUUAAAUGUGUGUGUGUGUGUAUUGUGAAAGGUGAAUGUGGCAUUGCACCGUGUGUUUUAUCAUAUGGGUUUUGUCAUGCUGUCUGCCACAGUCUCUUGCCGUCAUUCUUUAUUUUAUCUCUUUGUUCCACUUUCUUCCCAUUUUUUCCUCUCUCUUUCCCUCUUCCUACCCCACUGUUAAUUAUGUGACUCUCCUCCCUUAUUCUAUCUAUACCUUCUUCCCUUUUCUUUUCCCCUUCCCUUAUUCUAUCUAUACCUUCUUCCCUUUUCUUUUCCACUUCCCUUAUUCUAUCUACACCUUCUUCCCUUUUCUUUUCCACUUCCCUUAUUCCAUCCAUCUGACUUUUUCCCUUGCCACUUUUCCCUCCCUUAUCUCAUAUCCUUUUCUGUCCUCAAGCUCAAGAUCACACAACACAGUGUGACAUAAAGCCAAACUGUCCAUGAAGAGCAUUCCAUUUUUACCUGGUGGUAGUUAUAAAGAUAAAAGAAAUGUGUGUUUAAGUGGGACAACUCUUAAGUAAGAUUAACCCAUUUGUGACAGGUAAUGUACUAUCACAUCAUGGUGAAUAAUCAUAGAUGCUGGAUGACACCUCAUGUUCUGAGUCUAUGCUUUGACCACCAAGAUUGUGUGCCAGACUUCAAACUGGACAGUCGCCCCGGGUGUGAAGUGGUGUACGCUAAUGGACACCCAUCCUUGACAGGCUUUGCUGAAACUUUUAUCUGUCAUUAUUGGGUUAAGGGAAAAUUUGGGGUCUCCAAAGGAGGUAAAGGUAGGGCAGGAGAAAUUGGAGCAGCAUUAUUUGGUGGAAGGGAAUAAACAGACUUCCACCCAUUCCUUGUUGAUGCAGUUUGAGUGUUGUUACAACAAGCACCUACAAAAGGGGCAAAUUGUUGUUGAAUAGUAUAGUUUUUAAGGAAAUGCAUUGUUGAUGUAUCUUUUUUUUUUUUCUUCAAAAGCACAAGAGAGAAUUGUUACCUAAUGCACAAGUGUAUCACAGUCAUUAUUCUUGUCUGCAGGCAAGAAAAGAACAAAGGGCUUGGUAGCAUAAGGGGCCUCUAAAAGAAUGCACAAGUUGUUAUUCAGGUCAAUGAUAUUAUUUUUAUUAUUAUUUCUUUCCGGUUCACAAGGUUAUUUAAGGUAUAGUGUUUUAAGGUCUUCAUUGUGGUUGCAUCCUUGCCAUGAUGCUGAACCUCAGUCUCAGCAGAAACGUUUAUACUCUUCAUAACCAGAGUGUUAUAUAUAUAUAUAUACCAUAGGUAAGAAAUUUAUAUAUUUUUUUAAAUAUUUCCAUUUUUACCCAGCAAGAUGAAUGGGUCACAUCACCAUUUUGAAUUUUAGGGAAAGGGUAUUCCAUUCUUCUCAUACAAGCAAACAUCAGUCACAUAAUUGCAUGCAUUAGGGUUCAUACAAACCAACACUGGAACUGACAAUCUCAAAGCCACAUUGUGGAGAUGGCUUCUUUACAUGUUUGUCUGUGUUACAUUUGCUGCAAGAAAAGGAUUUUUUUCACUCUAGAACUUAUUUUUCUUCUGAAAUCCAAACUUUUUAGAAACAAAGAAUGUAGGAGCUCAAUAUGUCCAUGAAUAGGUCAUUUUCAUACCAAAAAGUUUGCUAAUCUAUGCAGAGUGUUCAGGAAAAAGUAGAUCUGCCCAGAAACAAGUCAAAGACUGACAAAGUACUUUGAGAACAGUCGAACAGUGCAUGCAGGAACCAAAAGACUGAGUGAAGGCUUAGUAGUUUGGGAAACAUCUCUGUAUGUUCUUGUACUGAGGAGGGGAGUAGUUCAAGAAAACCAUAAUGCACGUAUGAUGUGGUAUGUGAGCACAUGAGUGAGCCAGAGAAUACAUCAGAGUCCAAGAUGAUGUGUCCUCAUCCAGCACAAAGCAGCGUGUGUAGAGAUAAGUUUCAAGAUAAGUUCCGAGAUAAGUUCCUAGUUUUGAGUAAGUAAAGCAGGGUGUUCAACGGAUGUGUUCAUGAACUUUAUAAGUUUUAAGGCUUCCUCUCUGAAAGUGUUUGAGAACACUAUUUAGUAAUGAAACCAUCAAAUCUAUGCCUUGGCCUGGAGGCUUGGAGAUGAUAGGGACAGAAAAUAAUGCCAGUGAUUUUAUUGUAACAUACAGCAUUGUUUCAGAAUCAGUUUUCAGCCUUUUGGUGAGACAAUAAAGUACAUGAAAUAACUGAAAAAUGUAUGGUCUUUCUAAAAAAAAAAAAAAAAGUCAAAUUUUCUCUCUUUAAAAAGUACUUGAUGAUAAUUAGGUAAUUUUACAUUAUAGUGUGAGUCUCUGUAGAAUGAUAGUUGUUCAAUUUCAAUAAGAAUAUGUUAUAGAUUUAAUCCUCGGAGGUAGUUAGUACACACAUUAUUAGUAUAUAGGACAACGUGUUUUUGUAAUUAGGAAUCAUGAAGAUAUCUGUUUUAAUAGAUUUCACAGUCCAGAGAAGUUGAUACAUAGUUGACUUGUUGCAGUAGUGCCCAGAAAUUGUUGCAGUGGGGGAAGAGGAAGCGAGGGGACAGUCUAGUGUGUAAAGCCCCCCCCCCCCCCCUUCCAUUCAAGAUCCUACUGUAUACUAUUGUUGUAGAUGUGUGAUUUCUCAGUACUGUCCUUCCUUUUUUUUUUUAGAUGUAUGCUUAUAUAAAUACCACAUGUGUGAUUUUUGAGGAUUGUCCUUUCUUUUAUUAGUAUUAUUAUGUGUUUGCUUAUAUAAAUGCCACAAGUUCUCAAGAUUCACUUUCACCCGUCCACUUAGACAUGAAGAGGGGGUAAGUACAUUUCUAAGUGCUCCCUUCCCUCACCCCAUCCCCUAUCCUCCUUCCCCACUCCACUCUCCUCUCCCCUCCCCCCACUCCCUUCCCCUCCACCUCUCUCUUUUCUUCUUCCUCCUGUUCCUCCUCCUGCUCCUUC